AUGUUUGAGGAUGUAUCUGGUGUCUCUCUGUGUGGCUUUACUGAUCAAACAUCUACAGAUCUUCUGGUUUCUGUCUGUAAUGAAGACCAGAAGACAUCAGUGAAUCUGCUGGAUUGUGGGAUAGAAGUGAAACAAGAAGACACAGAAGCAGAUGAAGGUUAUUUAAUUUCUUCAGACCUGAUGGAGCCAAAAGAAGAAAUAACAAAUGCAAGAGAACAGACAGAUCAAGAUCUGAAAGUGGUGAAGGAGGAAAUUUCACAACUGGAGGAGACACCUCAUCAUUUGAUACCAAAAGAAGAAAAUUUCACGAAUCAAUGUCACCUCAAUGAGCACACGAAAACUCACCUUACAGAAGAAAAACCUUACAGCUGUGAUCAGUGUGGAAAAACCUUCACUCGCAAUUCUUGCCUUAUUGAGCACAUGAGACUUCACACUGGAGAAAAGCCUUAUAGAUGUGAUCAGUGUGGAAAAACUUUCAUUCGCAGGUCUAGCCUUAAUAUUCACAAGAGUGAUCACACUGGAGAAAAACCUUACAGCUGUGAUCAGUGUGGAAAGACCUUCAAGAAUAAAUGGCAUUUAGGUGAGCACACAAAAAUUCACACUGGAGAAAAACCUCACAGCUGUGACCAGUGUGAAAAGAGUUUCAUUCGUAAGUCUGACCUUAAUGUACACAUGAAAAUUCACACUGGAGAAAAACCUUACAGCUGUAAUCAGUGUGGAAGAAGCUUUAAGACUAAAUAUCAGUUAAGGGAGCACAAAAAAAUUCACACUGGUGAAAAACCUUACAGCUGUGAUCAAUGUGGAAGAACCUUUAAGAAUAAAUGGUAUUUAAGGGAGCACACAAGAAUUCACACUGGAGAAAAGCCUUACAGCUGUGAUCAGUGUGAAAAGAGCUUUAUUCGUAAACUCGCACUCAACAGGCACAUGAGUAUCCACACUGGAGAAAAACCUUUUAGAUGUGACCCAAUAGUUCAGAUGCAAAAACCACUAAAUGCCACUACGAUGUUCAUCAUGAGAGAUCAGAUGGAUGUGAUGUGCUGUAAAUCAAAAGAGGUGGCGUUACUGGAGUCAAAGCUCAGACAGAGAGAUGAACUCAACACAAAGGAUGUAUCUGGUGUCUCUCUCUGUGGCUUUACUGAUCAAACAUCUACAGAGCUUCUGGUUUCUGUCUGUAAUGAAGAUCAGAAGACAUCAGUGAAUCUGCUGGACUGUGGGGUAGAACUGAAACAAGAAGACACAGAAGCAGAUGAAGGUGAUUUGAUUUAUUCAGACCUGAUGAAGCCAAAAGAAGAAAUCACAAAUGCAAGAGAACAGACAGAUCAAGAUCAGAAAGUGGUAAAGGAGAAAAUUUCACAACUCAAUGAAGUGGAGGAGAAACCUCAUCAUUUGAUACCAAAAGAAGAAUCUCUGAGCUGCUCGAUUACUGUGAGGAAUUUGUCACAUAAAAGGAACAACAAGCAAAAGGCAACAGCCAAUGAUGCUUUUAUGUGCCCUCAGUGUGGAAAGACCUUCACAUAUAAAUAUAUACUCAAAAAUCACAUGAGAAUUCACACUGGAGAAAGACCUUAUACCUGUGAUCAGUGUGGAAAAAGUUUCACAAAUAAAUGUAACCUUAAUCAGCACAUAACAAUUCACACUGGAGACAAACCUUACAGAUGUGAUCAGUGUGGAAAGAGUUUUCUUCGUAGGUGUAAUCUCAACGUGCACAUGAGAAUUCACACUGGAGAAAAACCUUACACAUGUGAUCAGUGUGGAAAGAGUUUCAUUUGUAAGACUGACCUUAAUCAGCACAUAAUAAUUCACACUGGAAACAAACCUUACAGAUGUGAUCAGUGUGGAAAGAGUUAUGGUCGUAAGAGCGAUCUCAACGGGCACUUGAGUAUUCACACUGGAGAAAAGCCUUACACAUGUGAUCAGUGUGGAAAAAACUUCAGGUAUAAAUGGCACCUUAAUGAACACAUGAGAAUUCACACUGGAGAAAAGCCUUACAGAUGUGAUCAAUGUGGAAUGAGUUUUCUUCGUAGGUUUAAUCUCAACGUGCACAUAAGAAUUCACACUGGAGAAAAACCUUGCAUCUGUGAUCAAUGUGGAAAGAGUUUCAAUCAUAAGGUUUAUCUCAAUAGGCACAUGAAGAUUCACACUAAAGAAAGGCCUUAAAAUGCCCCUACUACGGUGAUUUUCGUAUUUGAAAAGUUUAGAUGCAAAAGCCACUAAACGCAAACUCUGUCAAAAAUUAGAUGAUAAUAUUAACCGAAUGCUUUUGGCAUGUUUUAUACGUUCAUCAAGUAGUUUUGCUUCAAAUCCGCUUAAAGGCACACAGCGGAACUUUUUGGUCACUAGGGGGUGCUAGACAUGUAUUUUUCAUGCCUAGCGCCCCUAGAGGCCACAAGCGCCGCAGCACUGUCACAAAGGAAAAAAACUGGCCAACCUUAAAACUAGACUAAAAACUAAACCUUUAAAACGCUAAACGAUCAACAUUUUGAGGCAUCAGGGAGAAACACAGUCAUGUUACAACUUUCUGAUGAGGAACUCAGAAGCCAUUUCUCAAUCUGAAGGUUGCAGCCUCCGGAUGUCGUAUUUCUAAGCUGAAUACAUCAUCAAGACUGCCUUAUUUCAGAAUAUUAACAAUUAUAAAGUUAACUAUUAUACUUAGUUAAUCGUAAAUUGUUGCAGUAUGCUUAUGACUUGCGAAUGUAAUGCUCAGUUUACCUUAAUAAACCAGGCUUGAUGACGUAUUCAGCCUCCAUAUUUGACCUCCGGAGGCUGCAGCCUUCCAAUUGAGAAACGACCAGAAGUAUUUCCUUGCCUUUUCCCAAACAAAUAUUGUUACAUCGUCCCUCUCUCCCUCGCCACCAGGAUUUUCCGCAAUGGCGCUUGUAUUUCCUCUCUUUUGUGUGAAAAUUGUUGCUCCAAAUUCAAGUAAACUGAUGUGUUUACGUCUGCCGCUUUGUUAUACGUCACGCGAGUGACAGCGGAACGCAGCAAAUGAAGAAGAGAAAAGAGAGAAAUGCUUGGAUCUCAUUGGUGAAUGAAUAGGGUUUGGUUUUACACUGUGUGAGUUUGAGCAAGUUUGACUGACUGCUAUAGUAUCCUGGAUUGUAAUGUAAAUACCAUAGACAGUAAAAGAAAUGGAAGAAACAAGCAAUAUGAUUAAUAUAGAUUGAAGAAUAGUCAGGAUAUAAAGAUUCAGCCUUUCAUCCCCUCUAGAAAGAUCAAAGAUGAGCUAAAAUGAUCUGUAAGUGCAGUGACAGUCAGAAGACAUCUGAAUGAAGCUGAGCUGUUUGCAAGAAGCCCCCAUAAAGCACCAUUGUUGAAAAACCCAUCAACUGGCAAAAAAGAAAAAUGGUGUAAUAUUUUGUGACCUGAUGAGCGUAAAAUUGUUCUUUUGGGUCAAGUGGUUAUCGGCAGAACCUCAGGUGACUCCUGGGUACUAAAUUCAAGCCACAGUACACUAUAAAGUUCAACAUGGUGGUGCAAAAAUCAUGGUAUCGGGUUGUUUUUCAUACUGCAGUGUUUGGCUUAUUUAUCUUAUACAAGAGAAAAGGGAUCAGUUUUAAUACAUCAAAAUACUUGAUAAGACUAUGUUGCCCUUGACCGAAGAGGAAAUGCCCCUAAAAUGGGUGUUUCAACAAGACAACAACCCCAAAUACACAAGCAAGAGGGUAAAAUCUUGGUUCCAGACAAAAAGGAUUAAGGUUUUUAUGGAGUGUCCAGCUCAAACCCCUGAUCUCUACCCCAUUGAAAACUUGUGGGGUGACAAUAAAAAUGCAGUUUUUGACAUAAAACCUAAAAAUGAACAGGAACUGUGGAUCUUGGCCUAAAAUACCUGUUUCUGGGUGCCAGAAGUUGGUUGAGUUGAUUUGACACAGAUUUGCAGCAAAUAUCAACAACAAUGGUUAUGCAACUAAAUAUAAAUAUUCAAUAUGUCAAAGUGAAGUUAAAUCUUAAGAAAUUUCUUCGGUUUUAAGUGUCUACAGAGAAAAAUGUUGACACUGCUAUAUUUUUUUAACAGAGUAAUAUUCAUUUUAUUUGCUUCCCUUUAAAAGAACAAGACAGAAUUGUAAACUGUGUUAAUACUUUGAUUUGUAGUUGAAUGUGUAAUGUUUUCAAUACAUUUGAAAUAAACUGUUUCAAUUUUUUUU